CCCUAAUGUGUUAAAAUUGUGUAUAAAAUAUUGUGUGGAAACGUAAAAAUGUUCUUAAGUUUUGCUGUUACUUAUUUAUUUUUAAUUCAGUAUUCAAAUGCUCAAGAUCCCAUUAUAAAUUUGCCUCAAGGAAGAGUAGUUGGGAUAAAGGUUUAUUCAGAAAGUUCACCAAAGGCAAUUGAGAUGUAUUUUGGAAUCCCGUAUGCCAGCCCACCAACAGGAAGACUCAGAUUUUCGCCGCCAGAACGACAUCCCGGCUGGAGACGAACUCUAUUUGCUCACAAAAUGCCACCCCGAUGUCCUGGUCCUGAUGAAGACAUGAACAACAUGAGUGAAGACUGCCUGUACCUCAAUAUAUGGACGUCCCGGCGAGUAGAUACAAAAUUGCAGCCAGUAGUCGUUAUCCUCUACAGUGAAUCUUGGAAUCGAGGUGGCAUUAGCCUACCCUGUCAAGAUCUGGCUGCGGAAGGCGUCGUAGCUGUUACAGUAUCAUAUCGGCUUAAUAUUUUUGGAUUUUUCACUCUUAUGUCUGAGGCGGCUAGAGGAAACCUGGCGUUACUAGAUCAAUACAUGGCAUUACUUUGGGUGAAGGAGAAUAUAGCUGCUUUUGGUGGAGAUUCUAACUCUAUCACAUUAAUGGGACACACUGGCGGAGCCGAUAGUGUCCUUUAUCAUGUUUUUUCUCCGCGCUCUAUUGGUCUUUUUCAUAGAGCAAUAAUCAUGUCACCACAAUAUACAACUCUGUGGAAAUCAUUGAGUUCGAAUAACAAUGAUGACGCAAUAUUAAUGGAAAGCGUGUCCAGAACAAUGUCCGAUUUCAUAGGGUGCAGGAAUAGCACCGACAGCGAAAUAUUAUUGUGUAUGAAAUCGUUACCCAUAGGACGAAUCACUGAGAUGUAUUCGAGUUUUAAUUGGACCGACGGAUAUCACCCCACAUCGGAUAUUUUUUUACCCCAAACUGAACAAUAUUUGCCAGUAUCUCUUUCUACGGCUCUGUCUCAAACUAAGUCUCAGAGUAUUCAAUUGGAUGUCCUACUAGGAAUAUCAAAACUGGAGGCUAUACACUCGUAUGAUAGUGAUCGAUAUGUACGCAUAAAACAGAAAAACGUUAACAUGAUCUAUGAAGAUGUUAGAAGUGUAAUAAUUCCUGAGCUUUUGAGGAUGCUAUCUCUAGAUAAGACAGAAAAAAUGCCUUUGCUAAUGCAAGCCAUAGAGUGGGAAUAUUUUGGAUUAGAUUUACACAAGCGUGAUAACGUUUUAAGAACAGUCCAAACAAUUGCACAAAUGGAAACGGCAGCAAAGUGGGAAACAGGCUGUGCUCUCCUAGCAGCAAGAUUGGCCAGAAAAAUAUCACGACUGUACGUUUAUCGCUUUUCAGAUCCUUUCGCGGUGGAUUUGAGUGGAAGAAACGUUUCUUUUACAGAUGCUGUCCAUGGAACAGAUUUAUUAGCUCUGCUUGGAGAUCCGCUCAUGCUGCAAGUAGCUCGACGUCGUAUCGCACAGAAUGAAAAGGCGAUCAGUAAUUUGUAUCGAGAAUAUAUCAUCAGUUUUAUAAAAUAUGGAUCACCGGCGCCCGAAAACGAUUGGCGCCGAUACAUGGUCGGUGAAUCUAAUAUUCAUGAUAUAUGCGUUAAAGAUAAAAACAAGACAUGUGAUAAUGAUGAUAUGAAAAAAGAAAUAGCCUUCUGGUUGCAAUACUUGCCACGUCUGUCUCAAAAUUUAGAACCAUUUGCUAAAACGGAGAAGAUAACAAGUGAAAAAGAUGACAAUCGGUUCCGUGGAGGAGUUUAUGCGAUGUGUGGCGUUUCUGCAAUUCUUGUUUUACUUUUAUUUGCAAGCACUUUAUUAAUUCAUAUAAGGCGAAAUCACCGUUCACUGGAUGGAAGGGCAGAAACUUCUUACUUAUAAAUCUGGUAAAAGUAGAGAUUUUAAAGUAAUAUUAUAUAUUAUAAACUUAUAAACAUA